AUGGCAAGCAGAGAAGGUUUUGCUGCUGUGUUCUACACUGAACCUUCUGUACUGGGGCUCCUGGCCAAUGUCGUGAGCGCCUUCCUUGUCUGCCUGCAGAACUUCUCCUCUGCUCACAGCAACAUCCCGCCAAUGGGGGUUGAAAACAUUCUAGCUGGAGUCCACCUCAUCCUGAUUGGAGGCCUGUCUCAGCUCCUGGCUGGGCUGCUCACCUUCCGGAAGUACGACCACUUGGGGGGCACAGCUUUCCUGGCUUUUGCAGGCCUGUGGAGCAGCUAUGGGGCCACACGCAUCAUUUCCGGGGCAUAUCCCUCCCCAGGGAAUGCAACCUUCUUCCCUAGCAAUGCCUCUUUCCUUCAGCCUCCUCAUCCUUCCAUCAGUGAUGGUGCCGUGGCAGGCUUGGUGGCCUAUAUUAUCAUCUCGCUCCUCCUGUCCUUCUGUUCGGCCACCGUGAACUACAUCAUGCCAUUUGUUUUCGGAGCCAUUACGCUGGCCUUGGUGUUUGAAGCAGUGGGGCUCUUUGCCCGGUGGGCUCUGGUGGUGUCCGGAGUCAUGGAGCUGGGCAUUGUGGCUUGCGGGAUCUAUGGUGCAACUGCUCUCCUCCUCAAGGGCAUCGGCCAAAGGCAUGUCCUCCCAGGCUUUGGCAACCCUCUCUUCAAUGUCCUCCUGCUGGGCUCAUCCAGCCGCACUUCUGCUAAGAACGUUGGGGAGGUGAAGAAGAACACCAAGUAUGCUGAGCCCAUGGCCCUCACCAACCUGUGUGACUCCAUCUCUGCCUUCAUCUUCUCCUUCUACUCUUUUGGCUACAUGAGGAACUUCUAUGUAGGAGCUGUGUGGGUGAGCAUCAACUCCAUUGGCCAUCUUUUGGGCAGCUACUAUGGCUACCAACGGGACGAUGCCUAUCACACCACCAAGUCAGGUGUUCACAGUCUUUUCUGGCUGGUGAUGUCCUGGGAAGAGUUUACUCUGACAGUUUUCAUCCAGUCUGAGAAUGUCCAGCCCAGCUGGGCAGGGCUUGUUGGCAACUGGUUCUUCCUGUCCACCGCUUGGGUCCUUCUCCUUGUGUCACUCAACAGGGAUGCCCUGGAGGUGGCCCACAGUUCUCUCUUUGUCCUUCUUACCGUCUCCACCAUCCAGCAGAUUCCAAUCAUCUUUUUCGGGGUCGUCUGCAGUUUCUAUACCGCUGCUUCUCUCUACGCCACGUUUGCCAGCCUCAUUAACUCAGUUGCUGAAAAAGCGCUGGUUCCUGUCGGAGUUCAAGUGAUGUCCACCUCAAAGCUGCAGAAAGUGCUGGCAAGCAUCAAAAGCAGCCUGUUGAAGUCAAAAGACUCCCCAGCAGAGCCAACGCUCUCGGAGAUCCCCAGUGCCUUGUUCUAUAUCUCCAAUGGACUGGCCGCCUUUUCAGCUCUGCAGGGGACUCUGAAUGACCCCAUCAGGCAGCACCUCUGCAUUCCCACUGUGUUGAUCCCAGGAGCUGUCUUCCAGUUGUACGUGUGUAGGCUACAAGUACAAAAAGGAAGGCAAUUUGGAUCGGUCCUCUCCUUCUGCUACGCAGCUGUCUGGGCCACCUGGACCUGGUUCCGGUUUGCAGGAAAUUUACUGGACAUCAACCCAAGGAGUAACGGAGGCUUCACAGCAGGGGCUGUGGCCUUUCUGGUCGUCAACCUCUUUCUGAUUAUUUUAGCCUCCUACUUCAACGUGGUGCUUCUCUGCUUGGCUGCCGUGAUGGAGGUGCUGAUCCUGUGCUUCCUCCUCUCCACAGUGGAAAGCCUCCCACUGCCUCUUGAGAUUGCGAUGCUGACCAUCUUCAGCCUCAUUUGCAUCUACGGGGCAACAGCAUCCCUUGCAAACUGCAUCUUUGGCAAAGAGCUCAUCCUGAUGGGACCCCCUCUCCUCAGAACCAAGAGAGCUGUCAAGGAGUCCAACCCCCCUCCACUUUGCCUCUGCCCCAGUUCCCAACAGACCAGUGGUCUGAGGGCCAUUGCAGACAAGCUAGAUGCUGGUGGGGUGUGUGGAGUUCCCACGGACACCGUUUAUGCUCUUGCUGCCUCCUGCAGACACCCAGAAGCCAUUGAGAAGAUCUACAGGAUCAAGGACAGGCCUCAAGAGAAGCCCAUCUGCAUAUUAAUCUCAAACCUGGACCAGCUGCGGUCUGCCACUCCACCUUUCAGCCCUUUGCUCUGGGAGUUUAUGGAGAACGUUUACCCUGGAGGCAUCGGCUGCAUCGUCCAGAAAGGAGAGUGGCUGAAGAAGUUAGGAGUUGGAGCCGUAUAUGACCGAGUGGGGACGAGAGACAGCAUCAUGAUCAGAGUCCCUGACCAGACAGUCACUGUCCAUCUCAUUGACAUGACGGGUCCCUUGGCCAUCACGUCUGCUAACCCUAGUGGAGAAACAGACAGCACCCACCACAACAUAGUCAUUGAGCGCCUUGGCCACAAGCUGGAGGGAGUGCUCUGCGAUGGGGAGUCGAAUGAGGUGGUGGCAUCCACAGUGGUCAACUGCACGAGGAUAGAUGAAGGUGGCAUCACCAUACUGAGAGAAGGAUGUGUCCCAGCAGCCAAGGUCGUGCAGAUAUUUGAGAAGGUGAAGAACCAAUCCGUAUGAAAGGAUCCCAGAAGAACAAGUCCCAGUCCAAGAAGAACAGCCUGCUCUCCUUCAUGAGAGGAACCCUAAGUCUCCUUUCACAGACCACUCUCCCAGCAGGCCUCUUCUGGAUCUUGGGUUGCAGCAAGUCUUGCUGAGCUUUUGUUUCCUGACUUGGUUUCCACUGGGGUCCCUGGUUGCCUUUUUUUCUCUGAAAUAUCCUGCGACAGCUAAGCAGACAUGCUCAAUGGUGCUGUGUCAAGCCGUUGCUAAGAUAAGCACCAUCACCUUGGUCAUGGCCAAGCAGGGAAACUCCCAGGAGAAGCCCAUCACCACAGGGGUCUCCCACCACCAUUUCCCUGAGAGAGGAGAAAAUGACAGCAGAUGCAACACCUUGUUAGGGGAAGGGCGCUCCUGCUUUGCAUGCAGAACAUUCCUGGUUCAGUCCCUAGCAUCUCUCCAGGCAGGGAUGGGAACAGAGCCUUGUCUCGACUCCAGGGAGCUGCUGCCAGUCAGUGUCGGCAAUAUUGAGCUAGAUGGAACAAAUGGUCUGACUUGGGAUAAGGCAGCUUCCUAUGUCAGGAGAUGCUAACAUAAGAACAUAAGGACAGCUGGAUCAGGCCAAAAGGGGCCCAUUGAAUCUAGCAUGCUGUUAUUACAGUGGCCAACCGGGUGUUCCGAAGGGAAGCCUGCAAGUAGAGCACGAACACAAUGACACUCUCCGCACCUGUGCUUCCCAGCAAGCCAUACUCAGACGCAAAGCACCUCUGACCCUGGAGAUAGCACAGGGCCAUUGUGACUAGUAGUCACUGAACCACCCAUCCCUCCAUGGAUUUCUCUGAUCCUCUUUGGAAGGGAAAGGCCACAGCUCAGUGCUAGCAUACCUGCUUUGCACACAGAAGGUCCCAGGUUCAACCCCCAGCAUCUGCAGGUAGGAGUGCCCCUGCCUGGAACCCUGGCAAGUGGCUGCCAGUCAAUGUGGACAAUACUCAGCUAGAUGGACUAAUGGUCUGACUCAGCUUGUGAUGCACUCCUAAAGCCAUCUAAGUUGGUGGCCAGCCCCACACCUAGUGCCCUACGAGACAAACCAGGAGCUUAGAAGUAGCCAAAAGUAUUACUGCUGUGCCUCCCUCUCACUGGCACAUCUUACUAACUAGCUCAGCCUCUGCCAGGGAGAUGUUUCCCUGACCCUGAUAGCCUUUUGGCCUUCUGCGUCUGCUUGCUUUGAGUCUGUACCUUCUUUGGUCCUUUGAUCACAUUUGGAAUCAUCCGUCUUCCUGCUAUGUUGUUUGUGGCUGUGGGUUGUCUGCAAUCAGCAGGAAAUGGAGACACACUGUGUCUGCAGGAUCAGGCCUCAGAGCUGUAAUGCCAGUGGGGGCUGGGGGCUCCAUGUCAGCAGAGCAGCGGAAUCCACUCCGUUUCCCCCCCCAAACUUUCAAAGAGCUGACAUGGAGCCACAAGCCACCACUGUGUAGUGCU